GAGAGGGAUGGAGAGGAACAAAGAGAGAUAGGGAGUAUAUGUGUGAGAGGAAGGUAAGGGGAGCUUUCCACAGUAUCAUCUGACAGGAGAGGCUGAGCUCUGACAGCAGGUGUCAGAGCACUACGACUGAGUCAGACAGAGAGGUAGAGUCACAGAAGGAAAGAGAGAAAGUGGGAAGACAUUUGGUGGUGAGGGAUAGUGAAAGACCACUCUGUGAAGGAAGUGAGUAAAAGAGGGAAGGAGAAACUAAAAGCAGGUGAAAUACGGAGAGAGCGAGAAGGAGAGAAUAUAGGUGUCUCCAGCACUUUCCAUCAACGGUCUCCUGGCUAGGUUUUGCUGCAUAGAGCAGUGCUGAUCUUCAGCUGAUUUCUUCAUCCGAUGCUGGACCCUGCCUCUGCGCUCUGCUCUCUGCUCACACACUGAUGCCUAGAGAAAGAGGAUGGAAGGAUUCCUCGUAUCUCUAACACACUAGAGCCCUCGCUGUCUCACUCCCACCCUUCGUAUCACACUCGCUCGUUAUCAAAGGGCAGUAGAAUGGACGAGCAGAGAUGCAUCCUCCCUCCACCCCUCAAAACAGAGGAGGACUAUAUCCCUUACCCCAGCGUUCACGAGGUCCUGGGCCGUAGGAGCCCCUUCCCCCUUAUCCUGCUGCCUCAGUUUGGAGGCUACUGGAUCGAGGGGACCAAUCACAAAUCCAGUGCCACACCUGGGCCGGAGCAGCAGCCAUGUGCUUCCUCCCACAUCAAGCUGGAGACCAACAGCAUUGCCAAGAUCUACAGGAAACAGUUCAUGGGCAAGGAACACUUUAACUACUACUCCAUGGACACUGCCCUGGGCCACCUGGUCUUCUCCAUGAAGUAUGACGUCAUCGGGGACCAGGAGCACCUCCGCUUGCUGCUAAGGACCAAAUUAAAAACCCACCAUGAUGUGAUUCCUAUCUCCUGCCUGACUGAGUUCCCCAACGUGGUCCAGAUGGCCAAGCUGUUGUUUGAAGAGGUAAACGUGGACAGAUUUUACCCAGUCCUCUACCCGAAGGCCUCAAGGCUCAUUGUCACCUUUGAUGAGCAUGUCAUCAGCAACAACUUCAAGUUUGGAGUCAUUUAUCAGAAGUUUGGCCAGACCACUGAGGAGGAGCUCUUUGGGAACAGCGACGAGAGUCCUGCUUUUGUGGAGUUCUUGGAGUUUCUGGGCGACAAGAUUGAGCUCCAUGACUUUAAAGGGUUCAGAGGGGGACUGGACGUCACCCAUGGCCAGACAGGAACAGAGUCAGUCUACACUAACUUUCACAACAAGGAGAUCAUGUUCCAUGUGUCCACCAAGCUGCCAUACACAGAAGGAGACACCCAGCAGCUGCAGAGGAAAAGGCACAUAGGCAACGACAUCGUGGCCAUCUUGUUUCAGGAGGAAAACACGCCCUUUGUGCCAGACAUGAUAGCCUCCAACUUCCUGCAUGCCUAUGUGGUGGUGCAGGUGGAGAAUGCCUGCUCAGACACCGUCACGUACAAGGUGUCUGUGACAGCGAGAGACGAUGUGCCUUUCUUUGGACCCGCUCUACCGGACCCGGCCAUCUUUAAAAAGGGACAUGAGUUCCAUGAGUUCCUGUUCACUAAGCUGAUAAAUGCGGAGUACGCCUGUUACAAGGCUGAGAAGUUUGCCAAGCUGGAGGAGCGCACACGGUCGGCCCUGUUGGAGACACUGUAUGAGGAGCUACACAUCAACAGCCAGUCCAUGAUGGGCCUGGGAGGGGACGAGGACAAACUGGAGAAUGGGGGUGGAGGCGGGGGGGGCUUCUUUGAGUCCUUUAAGCGGGUGAUCCGCAGCAGAAGCCAGUCUAUGGAUGCCAUGGGCCUCAGUAACAAGAAGCCACACACUGUCUCCACUAGUCUCAGCGGCAGCUUUACCGAGACCCCCAAAACCCCAGGGAUAUCUCUGAUCAUUCCUGGGAAGAGCCCCACCAGGAAGAAGUCUGGGCCUUUUGGCACCCGACGGAGCAGUGCCAUCGGGAUCGAGAACAUCCAGGAGGUGCAGGAGAGGAGUCGGGAAGUGUCCCCCAGCACACAGAGGACCCCAGACAGUGGACACAUCUCCCAGGACCCCAAAUCAGAGAACUCAUCCAAUCAGAGCUCACCAGAGAUGCCCACCACAAGGACCAGUUCCGCCAUCUGUUGCAGGGCUCCAUACAUCCCUGAGGCCCAGGACCUGUCCCGCUCCUCAUCCAAUGCUAGCAGCUUUGCCAGUGUGGUGGAGGAACACGAUAAUGUGUGCAUCGAGGAAUACAACACUGGACUGGAGAGUCUAUGCUCUUCUGGAACACCACACAAGAAGGACUCAUUUGGGUACGUCUCCUGGGUAGAGGAUAGUAUGAGCAAUACUAGUGCAACCAGCCAGGUCAGCUCUCCAGCACCUGCACUGCCCCAUCAGACUGAGGGGGGCAAAAGGGUAGAGCUCAAAAGGGCAGAGAGCCGAGACAAGACAGAGAGGUCACAGGAUAAGUCAUCAUCGAAUUGUUAGCCUCUCCCCAUUGAUCACUACAUGGGUGUCCAUUAGCAGCAUUCCCAUAAGAGGCACCCCCUGCAGGAGAUGAAGCAAGCACACGUGUUUUCCACCACAGACGCAGAGGAGGAUCAGAGCUAGUUGCUGGGACAGGCAGACCUGGUGUAGGCUGGUCUAGUCUGUACAGCCAGGUCCAUGGACAUGCACUUACAGCCCUCUCUCAUUCCAACUCCAUGUGGCUGACUCCCAGCAUGCCUAGAGGGGUGAAGGAGAGGAGUGUCCCGCACCCCACCCAAAAGGAAUGCCACUCACACAGCAUCGCCUCUGGCUGUCGUCUGUUGGCUCGCUUAGCCUCCAUCUGUUCAUGUGGUUUCUCAUUGUAUACACUCCCUUGUCUUCUCAAUGGCAUUGUUGAUUGUUUUGAAGGUCGAAGCAUGGGUGGAUCUUAUGCGUUCAAUAGAUUGGUUUUGCAGGAGAGCCGUUGACCAUGUGUGAGGUACAACAGGACAUUCUGUUAGGCUAAGGAGGAAUGCAUGAGGAGGAUAUAAGGGUGUUGUCCUGUUGCCAUUGUGGGAAGAAAUUACAUUAUUGCACCCAUCAACCUCACAUUCCACCAUGAUACUGUACAUGUGUUACUCUUGGUGUCCUGGAUCCUUUUUUGUCACAUCAAUCCUUGUGUUUCAAUUAUGAGUGUAAUGGUGGGUGUUGACUAGAAACUUUUAGUAAAUGUUACAUGUUUUUAAUAGAAGGUACUUUUGUCAUCAUGCUGCUGCUGGUUUCAAUUUCACUAAUUCCCCUGACAAACUGUACAAUCACAGUUGAUGUUGGAAAAUCUUUUACUGACUCAACAAUUAUGCUCAUCCUAUUUCAUGCCAUUUAAGCUGAGCAAAAAACAUGAAGUAUUGAAUUACUGGAUAAGGUCCAGUGUCCAAACUAAAUGAGUCAUCAGUCUUCAUCCCUGUUCCAUACUGUAGAUAAUACCGCACAGACAUUCCACCAAGAUGACCUAACCAAAGCAGACAGCCUCCAAAGUCAAGCUACUGUCCAGUGACUAUAGUCUUCAGCUUUUCUUUAAAUCAAGCUUGUGGUUUGGAAUAAAGUAUGUGUUUGGAUGUAUAUACAACUGUGCAUGGUGUAAAUCUGCUUGCAACCCCCAGUCAACUGGUGCCAUGCUCGAAAUAGGUGUUGUCCCUGGACUGUUCCUGUGAUGUGUUACUCCAAACCAGUCAAAUCAGUCAACUUCUCCAAAUUCAGUGCACAAUGCAGAUAUACAAAUCACUUUAUCAGUUUCAUAUAGGUUUUGAUUGAAAAAGACGGGGCUACAUUGUGUAGAUGUGGAAACCGGCACUACGUUUUCAGAUUGCUGAUAGUUUGAAAAUCGGACUUAUUUCUAAAAAGAAUUACACUGUGACAAGUCUUGAAGUUGCCUUUUUGAUGAUUGUGUUAAGCUGCUUUGUAGGAGGGUAACCCCUUCAUAUAAAGAAUCUAUCCAACGGUGGACUUUGCCAACUGGAAUCUAUCACCAACUGGUUUGAAUGUAAAACUAAAACAGAUGUCUAUGAAUUUGUACAUAUCUACUCUCUAUGAAUGGAACCUGGGUCUCGUGAAACAUCUAGACAUUUUCCCUAUGAUGUAUGUGAUGAAAAUAACUGAUAUGAAGGCAUGGUUUUCAUUACUUUUUAUUUCAAUGCAAUGAAGGGCCAAUGUGGAAUUUAGUUGUGCUUUCUCUGUUGUGACAUUAGUACAUUCGGUUUUCAUACAAUCUUUUUGAAAUCUUUCAGUUGAAUCUUAAGGAUCCCUGUCUAAGUAACACUGCACCAAAAUACAGUUAGUCUUGCAUUUAAUCGUAAAAACACCAUUCUGAAGAUUACGAUGAAACACUAUUAAUUGGAAAGAUGAUAAGGUUUCAUCAUGUUAACAGAGCCUUUGGAGUCAGUGUGUAUUGCACACAAACUCAAAAUAUAUUUAAAAAAAACUAUCACAAAGGUCUCACUGGUCUUUGUAAAAUGCUUGAAUACCAGUAGUUGGAUUACACCCUCCGGUGGCUCCAGAUUAUAUUUGCACAUUUCUCUGUGGUCCUGUUGUUCUGUUUGUACAUGCAAGACAUUUGGAUUGAGCCCCCAGCCAAUUCAAACAACAGAUCUAAUUUGCAAUGUGCUUUAUUCAGGUGAUUGUAUUGCUCUUCUCGUUGACAGUCCUCUUAAGCCCUUGUUCAAGUUCCAAAGUCUUGUUUGUAAAUAUUGCUUUUCACCCUUUUGUAAAUUAAGCCAAAUAUGUUUAAUAAAGACAAAGGUGUAAUACCAU